AUGCAGGAAGCUUCUGAAGGAGACGCUUCUACACAACAUGACUCAUAUUCGUUUUCAAGCAACAAAGGACAGAGGAGACUGCCUCCUCAGCGUCUUAGUGACCUCGCCAAGGGUUUACACAAAAUACCAGUGGCCCGGAUGACCCAUGAGGCAAUUACAUACAAAGUCGGGAGGCCGGGUGGCCAUGCCUCCCUGCGCACCCGCGUUGUGUUUAUGAUGCCUGUUGUCGUGCUCGCGUUAGUUUAUAUUCUGUGGGGUUGUGCCAUGCAGCUGAGGGCAGGGCAGUGGAGGGAGGAAGCAUCAGUUAGGCUGCUUGCAGCUGGAGGAGGAGAAGGAGAUAUUUUUCAGUUGUGCAGGUCAGGGCAAGGGGAGCCUCUUGGGAGCCAGGGCACCAUCGCAAGGAAGUAUUAUACACCUGAAGAGCAAGAGUUGCUGAACCAUGCUGCUAUUGUCAUAUCUUCAUUCGCGAAAACAACAAACGCCAUGGAAGGAAUUAUACUGAACCUACAAAGGGAGAACAAACACAAGAUAGCAUCUCUCCUCUUCAGCUUUGCACUCGUUGAACUGUCGGCCAUAUCGAUGCUGGUCGGUGGGGACCUGCACUCCGAGUUAGUGUCUACAUUCGUCUCUGUUAAGAAGGCGUUGGAACGUGUUUCCCCUCAAAAUCCAGAAGGAAUCAUGCCAAAUGCAGAUUCAAAGUACAGGCGCCUCCACUCAAUCCUGAAGAAAUUCUCUUCUUCAGUACCGACGAAAUCGUACAGUGGACCAGACAGGAUCCAGCAGCUCCGUGAGUUGCUUCAUCUGCAGGAGGUGGGUCUGACGCAGGUGCGUACUGCCUUUAACUACAUAUGGGAAGCGAUUUGGCCACCGGAAAAGGGAACGAUGGAGAUCCCUGAACACGCUUUUUCCCUGCUCAGCCAUACCGUCUAUGUGCGCAAGAACCACAUUGUGCGAAAUCCAACUCUGAAUCAGUGGCUACUGGAUAACGAAAUUGAUCAGAAGCAUUCUCCCGUCCUCCCUAGAUCAUACCUGAAGGCUGUCUUGAAGUUGCCGCAGCUCACAUUCGACAAUUGCCUUAGUGAACUCACAGACCCCAGAUUGCCGUGUGGCGGGCCGAAGGGCAUGAGGGCAGAAGGGCCGCAAGCGAGGCAGGCCUUACAGGAGGAGCAUGACGGUGCACAAGAAGGCCCUAGUGUAAGCGGUGAACAUGCCAGACGGAAAGGUGGUCCCAGUGAAGUAAAAGUAUUUGAGGGAGGAGCAACUUCUGCUUGGAGUGUCGCCAGGUACUCUGCAGUGCCUCCUCAGCCCCUCUUAGGGACGUUAACUGGCGCCCACUUUAGCAAUGAGUGGAAGCAGUACCCCACUGGUUCUCAACAGCCUUCACAAAGGGACGUCGAAAAUUUUCAAACGGAAACAGGCAAACAUUGGUUGGAGCUCGAGACCGCCGGUACGGCUUAUGCGGGUUCAUCUGGGAAUCAAGGAAGACAGGGCGGACCUGGUUUCUAUGGUCCUGUGGGUGGCGUUCAUUUGUUGCCAACGAGUAGCAGCAGCAUCCCUUCUCCCUCAUAUGUGCUAGGCAUAUCGCCACAGAAGGGAGAACGGCCUCGGCUGACGACGCUUGAAACACCACUUCAGCUGGAGACGCAGACGGAGGAGAAGUUGUCAAAGGCACCAGGCGCUGCUAGGCUAGGUGUACGCGAAGCUUUCCGCGGCAUUGCUUUGGGCGAGAGCCUAUCCUCGCAGACAACGGAGAGCAGUGCCCCAGGAGACGGGAGUAGGAACUUCGUUUUGGGUUUUGGGAUCGGAAUGCCAUCGAUGGGGAAUUUGCUGGACCGAACUAAAGAGGGACGACCAAAGUAG